UCACAGAUAGAUAAAAAGUCUUUUUGGAAUUUGAAAUAUCUCUGAUCUUUCAACUUCCAUAAUUCAAAUAAUGGAAGAAUGUGUUGUUUAAAUGAUGAAUAUUUAUACCAAGUACGCAUUAAACGCGACAAAGGCGAGGAAUCAUGUCGUGAACACCUGCAAGCAUCGCUUCAAUGUUCAUGUUCAAAGCUUCGGGCGUAGACCGGUUGGUUCAGCUAUCGUUAGCUUUUCAACUGUGGUGGAAAUCAUGACGUCAUAAAUGAGGAGUAGGUGACAUGAGUAAUGCAUCGAAGUGAUAUAGAAUUGUUUGUACUUGAUAUUGGUGUUCGAUGUAAUUGAUUUUAUAAAAGAGAAGAAUAAGUUUUACGUAGGUUUAUUAGUGAUUCCAUAGGUUUUUAUACUGUAAUCUUUUCAUGAAGGAUUGAUUUAUCUAAAAAGAAACAAAAAUGUCAGAUCACUUUGGUCCGAUAACAUUAAAAUGGGAUCCCAAAAAUUUAGAAAUUCGUACCAUGUCUGUAGAAAAGACAUUAGAACCUUUAGUUUUACAAGUAACUACGCUUGUAAAUACAAAAGGUCCAAGUAAGAAAAAGAAAGGAAAAUCAAAGAGGGCUAGUGCUUUGGUUGGAACUGUAGAAAAAGCAACUAAUAAUUUUAUUGAGAAAGGUGAACAGAUUGCUUAUGAAAAUCCUGAUAUUACUGCUGAAAUGUUAAGUGCUGUUGAAGAAGUAAGGAAAACAGGUGCUGCAAUGAGCAUUGCUGCCAGAGAAUUUUCAGAAGAUCCUUGCUCCUCUUUAAAAAGAGGCAAUAUGGUCCGUGCUGCAAGGAAUUUAUUAUCUGCAGUCACACGUUUACUUAUUUUAGCAGAUAUGGUCGAUGUGCAUUUAUUGCUAAAGUCAUUACACGUAGUAGAGGAUGAUUUGAAAAAAUUAAAAAAUGCAUCCUCGCAAGGAGAAUUGUUGGAAAAUAUAAAACAAUUUGGAAGAAAUGCAUCAGAACUAAUGAAUCAAGCUGCAAAACGUCAACAAGAACUAAAAGAUCCUCAGUUAAGGGAUGACUUAGCAGCAGCUAGAGCUGUUUUAAAGAAACAUUCAACAAUGCUGCUUACUGCUUCUAAAGUUUAUGUUAGACAUCCUGAAUUAGCUGCAGCCAAAGCAAAUCGUGAUUAUGUUUUGAAGCAAGUUUGUGAAGCUGUAAAUACUAUCAAUGAUGUGGCACAAGGAAAAACUCCAGUUGAUAGUCAGCAUCCUUAUGAAGGACCUGGAGAAUUAGCUGCAGCAUUAGAUGAUUUUGAUGAAAGAAUGGUGAUGUCUCCGCUUGCAUAUAACGAAGUACGUACAAGACCUAGCCUUGAGGAAAGAUUAGAAAGCAUUAUCAGUGGUGCUGCACUAAUGGCAGAUUCUUCAUGUACACGAGAUGAUCGUAGAGAACGAAUUGUCGCAGAAUGUAAUGCAGUUAGACAAGCACUGCAGGAUUUACUCAGUGAAUAUAUGAAUAAUAUGGGUGUUAAAGAACAAUCAGAAGGUUUGGAAAGAGCAAUUGACCACAUGUGUAGAAAAACACGUGAUCUUCGUAGACAAUUGCGAAAAGCGGUUGUAGAUCAUGUAUCUGAUAGUUUUUUGGAAACGAGUGUACCUUUAUUGGUACUCAUUGAAGCUGCAAGAAACGGUCGUGAUAAAGAAGUAGAAGAGUAUGCACUUGUUUUUACAGAACAUGCCAAUAAGCUGGUCGAGGUUGCCAAUCUAGUUUGUAGUAUGUCAGGAAAUGAAGAUGGAGUAAAAAUGGUUCGUUAUGCGGCAGCUCAGAUUGGCAAUUUAUGUCCACAAGUAAUUAACGCAGCACGUGUGCUGGCAGCCCGUAAUCGGUCUAAAGUAGCUCUAGAUAAUAUGGAAGUAUUUCGACAAGCGUGGGAGAAUCAAGUGAGAGUAUUAACGGAAGCCGUUGAUGACAUUACUACCAUCGACGAUUUCUUAGCUGUAUCUGAGAACCAUAUUUUAGAAGACGUAAAUAAAUGUGUAUUAGCAUUACAAGAAGGUGAUGCCGAUACCUUAGAUAGAACUGCGGGUGCGAUUCGUGGACGAUCAGCUAGAGUGUGUAACGUUGUACAAGCAGAAAUGGAUAAUUAUGAACCAUGUAUUUACACAAAACGGGUAUUAGAAGCUGUAAAAGUUCUAAGAGAACAAGUAAUGCCGAAAUUUGCACAGAGAGUAGAAGUCGCGGUAGAUGCAUUAGGUAGUAACCCUGCUAAAGAUGUGGAUGAAAAUGAUUUUAUAGAUGCUUCGAGAUUAGUUUACGACGGAGUUCGUGAAAUUAGACGCGCUGUAUUAAUGAAUAGGGCGGACGAAGAUUUAGACCCCGAAGAUGUUGAACUGGAUGAACAUUACACAUUAGAAACUCGUAGUAAAUCGAGUGCUCAAACUGGUGAACAUGGUGUUGACGAAUAUCCAGAAAUUAGCGGUAUUACAACUGCUCGUGAGGCGAUGCGUAAGAUGCCAGAAAAAGAUAAACAGAAAAUUUUACAACAAGUAGAGUACUUUAAGAGUGAAAAAUUGAAAUUUGAUAAAGAAGUUGCCAAAUGGGACGAUGCAGGAAAUGACAUUAUUGUUCUUGCUAAGCAUAUGUGUAUGAUAAUGAUGGAAAUGACUGAUUUUACUAGAGGUCGCGGACCUUUAAAGACAACCAUGGAUGUUAUUAACGCAGCAAAGAAAAUUUCCGAAGCUGGAACUAAGUUAGAUAAAUUAACUAGACAAAUAGCAGAUCAAUGCCCAGAAAGUUCUACCAAGAAAGAUCUUUUAGCAUAUUUGCAACGUAUAGCACUGUAUUGUCAUCAAAUGAAUAUUACAAGUAAAGUUAAAGCAGAUGUACAAAAUAUUAGUGGAGAAUUAAUUGUUUCUGGACUUGACAGUGCAACUUCCCUUAUUCAGGCAGCUAAGAAUUUAAUGAAUGCAGUUGUUCUAACUGUUAAAGCUUCGUAUGUUGCAUCAACAAAAUAUCCUCGACAAUCUACAGUAACGUCUCCUAUUGUGGUAUGGAAAAUGAAAGCGCCAGAAAAAAAACCGUUAGUACGCCCUGAGAGACCUGAAGAAGUUAGAGCAAAAGUGCGUAAGGGUUCACAGAAGAAAGUGCAGAAUCCGAUACAUGCACUUUCAGAAUUUCAAAGCCCUACAGAAAGCGUUUAACAUUUUAUCUAAUAUAAGAGUAAUCUACAAUCUAUAUACACUUUAUUUGACAAUUAAUAAUGAUUAUAAUAUUCUAAUCAUUAUAAGAUACAUACAAAAAGUAAGUGAAUUAUACUUUACUUAAACCACCUAUACAGUUCGGUAUUACUCAUAGAUGUCAAUAAUUGAAUAUAUUUUUUUGCAAAUGAAAUUUACAAUUUACAGAAAGUAAGAUUGUAAUACUUAAUUGUAUAAUAGCAUUUAUAAUAUUAACUAAGUAUCUUUUAGAGAAAUGCCAAUUUUUUAGUAUUACUUAUAUAACUGAUACGGAAAUAUAAAUUUUAAUUAUAUGUAUAACUUUCUUCAAAUAGAAGUUUACUACUAAAUAAUAUUGAACAAUAAGUGGUGUAUAUAUAUUUGCGUAUAUAUACACGACAGUUUAUUGGGGGCCUCAUAUUUUUCUGUUUUUUUUUCUUUUAUGAGAUUAUACAAGAUAUUAUCUGGAUUGAAUUUGAUGGAUAUACAUUUUCCAUUAUUUCUAUUUUUGAUCUUAAUAUAUAAAGGAUUAUAUUUAACAACUAUACAAACGACAUACUUUCUUAUACAUAUCUAGAAGUCAAUGUUUCUUACUACCCGUAUAAAAUUAUAAACUUUUGAAGUAUUACAAAAUUUAUUAACUUUUACAUAUAACAAUCGUUACCACAAGUAAUUUAAUUAGUAAUCUCAGGCCUUGAAAUAUUGCUAAUCUAUUAUGUGAGUGUGGAUUUUUUAGUAUCAUGAAUUUUUUGACAAUAAUAUUGCUACAUACUUUAUUAUGCUUUUACAUAGUAUCAGCUAAAAUACAUAUACCAAGGUUGGUAUUCUUCUACGUGAAUAAUUAUAUUAACAGUUCCAAAUAAUUAGUAUAUAAGCAAAUGAAUUCAUUUAUGCAAACAUAUUUAAGAUAAUGAUAAAUUCUUUUGUCUUGAGUUUUCCGAUGUGCUUAUCAAACAAUUGAAAAUUACACGUUUCGUUAUUCAACGAUAUAUGUUCUACUAAAAACAAUUCACUCUUCUUUAUCAGUAAAGCUUACAAAAAAGCAAUAAAAAAAUAACACAGUAUUGAAUUGGAAUAAAGAGACUGCAGAAUGAGUAUUUAAUGAAUGUAUAUAAGUAAAUACGAUUACACAUUUUAAAAAGAAACUUCUUUAUGGUGAAUUUGUAUUACACAUAGUAUAUAAGAAAUAAUCUUAAAAAAACUGAUACCAAUUUCAUAUUUCAUGUGAGUAAAGUAUUAAAUUAAAAACAAUUUUGUAAUUUUUCAUUUUAAUUGAUUUGCAAAUAACUGUUUCUUUUGGUAUAAUAUUAAUAUACAAGUAUUUGCUGUAGUACAUAUUAAAAUUUAAGUUAGCAUUAAUAGUGAAACUUUAUCACAUAUAACUCAUUGUCAGUGUUUUAGGAGUUAUCUAGACAUACUGACCAAUUUUAAUUUAUUACCUUAAUAAAUUUUACAGCAAACAUUGCAUGAUUAUCUAAUUGAUAAUAAAAAUAGUAUGUUAUACAUGUAACAAAUAUGUAAUAGUAUCUAUGAACUUGCAUUUCAUAAUGUAUGUUAUUUCAGUUGUGGCAGUGUAGUUAUUAUAAUACACGUGUUAUAUUGAACUACAUCUAAGUGUUUGCAGAAAGUGUGUAAUGAAGAAGAAUUUCAUAUUUAGCAGGAUUUAAAACACGAUAUGUAUUGGUAUCAAUUUUUUACUGUUGCAAGACAGAUAUUAAUUUAUACAAAAGUAGUUGUAAGAUUAAAUUGUAGUUACUAAUAUACUGCCAAAUAUAAGGUGAUGCUUUUAAUAAAUAUCUCUGUUUAUUAUUUUUUAGGUAUGAUUUUAUAUACAUAUGUACAUGCAUUCAAUAAAUUUAUAAUUUAGAAGGUUGUAUUUACCAUUAGCUCAGAAGGAUAGGGCAGGCUGGAAGGUAUAAACAAAUCACAUAGGUUUGUAUAUUAUAUACUUUUUUUCAUAUAUUAAAUGUUACAGAAAUAAUACGAUACAAGGAUAUUGCAAAUGCAAAUAUUUAAUGGCAUUAGUAUAAUAAUUAUAAUUUCACAAUCAUUUAAAAAAUAUAAUUGUUUUUGUCCUAAUUUAUUACACAUUGCUUUUGCAAUGGUAAUUACAAAAGAAAAAAUUCACCAUUGAUUAUAUAGUCUAUAUUAUGUGAACUCUAUUUUUUUCUUUUUUGUUUUUUAAUUUUAAAUAUUGUACUUUUAAUUUCAACAUAAAGUUGAAAAAAUGUGUGUGUGUGUGUGUAUAUAUAUAUAUACUGGACAAUAAAGUAGAGCACAUUAUUUGUGCCUGUGAAUCUAAAUAUUACAAGUUGCUUUUAGCACUACAUGAAUAAAUUCUUUUUUUUUUUCGUUUGUUAUUAUUAUUAUUAUUAUAGUACUGCUUUUGUAUUAUACAUAACAUAUAUGAAAUAAGUGCAGUUGCUUAGCUUUUAAAACUUAAAAUAUUUUAUUAUUAUUAUUAUUAUUAUUAUUAUUAUUAUCUUAUAUACCAAAUAAACACAGGUACUAUUAAAAUAAUUCAUAAAAAAUUUCAUGUUUAUUUUAGGAUAAUGUGAAACAUUUUGAGUAUAGGAAAAAGUAUUAUGCAGUAGCAUAUUAAAUAGUAAUAAGAUCAUAACUGCAUACAUUUUCUGUCUCUACUGCUAUAAAACAGCUUUUAUUAUAAUACAUGACAUGCUGUUAAAAAUAUCAAUAAUAUUGAUUUAAAUAUUGCAUGUCAUUUAAAUUGACACAGAUUCAGUGAUUAUAAGGUUCAUACUUAUGUGGUUAUAAAUGUAUGUUUUGUAUUUAAAUAUUUUUUUGUGACUUUAUUGCAAAAAGUAAAAACAUACAAAUUAAACAACUGUUUUUAAUUGGUAUAUUAUGUAAUUUGAUCAGUAUUAGUUAAUGAUUAAUAAUCAGUAACUAACUAAAUAUAUAUCAGAUCCUGUUAAACAAAUAGCCCUAAAUCUAUAAAGCAGUCUCUUUUUAUACUAGGUUAUAUUUGAAUAUUGAAAGAAAUCACUAAAAUCCAUUGCUAUUUAUAAAUUUAAUUCUGUUUAACAAAUCUAUAAAUAGCUGUAAAAUAUUCAAUUACAAUCUAAAGAUACAUUUCUUUUUUUUCACGAGGAGCCACAAGAAAUACGAAAACGUGAGAAAAAAUUCACAAACAAAAUAGAAAGCAAACAUUACGAAAUUAACAAAAUGUCUUAACUGUGAGUAAUAUAUCUGAUACAUCUAUUUAAUCUGCUUCAUAAUCACAGUUCCUGUAUUCGUACUAAAGCAUAUUGUGACUAAAGUAAUACAGAUUUACAAUAUGCAAUCUUAUAAAAUCCUGAAUUAUGUGCCUAUCACAAUGCAAGAAAUGUUAGUAAAAUUUGUACAUAAUGAAGUUCCAAAUAAUAUACAUAAGUGGUGAAAUUCAUUAUGAAGAAAUAUAUCAACAGUUUAUUAAGAUUUAACGAGGAAACAUGAUGCCAUGAAAAGAAUGUACAACAUAUAGUUUAACCAUUUAAAUUUAAGUUAUUAUAUUUGAAAUAAAUUCACCACUCAUAGUAUUUUUUGUUUUUUUUUUGUUUUGUGAUAUUACAACAUUUCAUAUACAUGUUCUAAUUUCAAAAUAUUAGCUUACGAAAAAUUUAUACUUAAUUAAAAUAAGUAAGCAAUAUAUUGACUCUCAAUAUUACUAAAGAGAGUCCCAAGAAGAGUCCCUCACAGCCUAUAUAAGACUUUCAUUUGAGAUCUUCAAGUCUUUCAAGAUGUAUGCUGAUAGAGGACCAGAAUUAUGAUAUUAGUUUUCUUAAGAUAAAAAAAGGAGAUUGACAGUAAAAACAUAGAAGUUUCUCUAUAUAAUUAAACGUGUUAAGUAUGUUUUAGCAACAAAAUAUGUAUUGGAUGCAAUACAUUUCUCGAUGCAACAUUUUAAUUACAUCACUCUUACGACCUUAGUACAUGUUGAUGAUUUAUGUCAAUGAUAUUGCAAAAGAUAUAUACCAGUAUAAAAUAAGUGUUAUAAAAGGAACUCUUAGAAAAGUAUUUCAUCUAGAAAUUCUUACUACAUUAUAAAAACUUUCAGAUCUUAAUAAAACAAGUAUUCUGAAAGAAUUAAAAAAAAAAAAAAAAAAAAAAAAAAAAAAAA